AGAAGUAAAUGUUUCCUCGCACUAAAAUUGCUAGAAUUCAUUUUUAUUUACACAUAUAAAUUUAUCAAGUUAUAAAUCCCGUCAUGCCAAGGAAAAGGAAAGUUGAGCUAAGAGAUCUUGAAAUAUAAACUGGCCAAAUGCAUUUGCUUGGCAUUGCAUCAUGUUAACAACAAUUAUCCGUACCCAUAGGACUUGUUUUGAACUGGGCAAAAGAGUUCCAUCAUAUACCCUUUUACUUGGCCAAUCAACUACAAAACAUUCAUCAAUAAUAUUUCAUCGAGGAACAAAAAAUCUCCCUCCAGUACCAAAAAAACCAACACCUCAAGGUAAUGUUCAAAGCGUUUGGAAUAAACUCUUUGGGAAGUACUUACUUGCGACAAAUGUAAUAAGCUCUGGAGUUCUUAUGGUAGUUGGCGAUGUAGCUGCUCAAGAAUUGGAAUUCCGAAAGGGAUUGCUUAAAGAGCGCUAUGAUUUAAACAGAAUGUGGCGAAUGUUUGUUGUGGGUUCGCUUCAAGGACCAUUGCACCACUAUAGCUACAGAUGGAUGGACAAGAUAAUGCCAGAAGUAAACACGAAAAAUUCUAUCAAAAAGAUCCUAAUAGACCAAAUUGUCAUGUCUCCAGUUUGUAUAUUACUAUUUUUCUAUCCUGCCUGCUUUUUGGAGAACAAGACAUUAAGUGAGACGAAUAAUGAAAUCAUCAGCAAGUUCCCCUAUAUUUAUAUUGCCGAUUGGAGCGUAUGGCCUGCGGCGCAGUAUGUAAAUUUCCAAUACCUGGAUCCCAAGUACCGAGUGAUGUUUGUUAAUGUCAUGACUGCAGUGUAUAAUGUAUUUAUUUCCUACAUUAAGCAUGACGAAGGUGGAGACUUCUUAGGCAAAUUUCUUUAAUACAUCGUGUAAUAAUAAUUUAUUUAAAAUUAACUUUGCUUCGUUUACACCAAAGUAGUGAAUUUGUAAUGCACAUAAAAUACACAAAUUUUAUAUUAUAUUAAGAUUGUAUAGUCCUUAA